AUGUGUUUCAUUCUUCCAUCUAGGUCUAGCUAGUAACUGCAAAUGGCAAAGCUCUUUCUGGUUUGUGUUCUGGUUAUUCUCAGCUUUGCUCUGACAUGCAAUGCUGCUAUGUAUAUGGUGGGGGGUAGCUCCGGUUGGGAUAUUAGCACCGACGUUGAUACAUGGGCAAAGGACAAGAAAUUCACCGUCGGGGACGUUCUCGUGUUCCAGUACUCAUCCUACCACAGUGUGAGCGAAGUGAAGAAGGAGAACUAUGAGGGGUGCAAUACGACGGCAGCUCUACUAACAAGUAGAGAUGGGAACACAUCAAUUCCUCUGACAAAGCCCGGAACUAGGUACUUUGUCUGUGGAAACAAGUUACAUUGUCUUGGAGGGAUGAAGCUGCAAGUGAAUACUGCAGGAGCAAGCCAGACAAGUUCACCGGCAAGUGCACCUCACGGCGCAGCUGGGCUGGCGCCGAGGGCUCCUCAAUCGCUACCACGACCUUCUUCUAAGAACAACAACCCUUCAGCUACUUUGCCCACUUCAGCAGGGUUUAUUUGUUAUGGAAGAGAUACUAUUGUGCUAGUUUUUUUAGCCUUUAUGGCUGUUACUCUCUUGUGGGUGACGUAAAUUUGAGUGGCAUAGUUAAUAAACGUACUUAAUUGCUGUAACCAGAAUUCUAGUUCUUUGUUUUGAUGUUUUUUUCAGUACCUUAGAGCUCAUUUCGUAAUGUUAUAAAUGUCAUACUUUUGUUUUCUG